AUGAAGCGCGCUGCCCAGCCGCAGCGUGAUAUCCAGCUGCUGAUUCGCCGAGUAACCACGGCGCUUCGAGGACACCUCGACAACAAGAGGCCUCUGCCGUAUGGAGUUUUGCGCGCCAAACCCUUUGGCAGGUUCGUUGUCUCCGGAUCGACAAUUCAAGCUGCCGGCGCUGGCGGAGCUGGCGGAGCUGCCUCGUCGCCGAAACAAAGGCUUGUCCAGCGCGCCGCUUGGACCGACGUGCAAACGCUGUCUGUUCCUCAGACGGACCUGUCGGCCAAGGAACUGGGAAUGCCAAAGAGGGACAAUGGCAAGAGUAGCGAGCUGCAGGAGCUCGGCUGUCGUGUUGCUGCUACAAGCGCCCUGGCAAUGAUCUGA